CUCGCGCGGUUCUCCCGGCUCGCCGGCAUCCCCGUCUUGUGUCUUCUGCGCUGCAGAGGACGAUGGGGUUCGUCCUCUCGAAGGCCAUGAACGACAGCCUGAAAGGGCAGCAGGAGUUUAUGCAGCUCCAGCUGGAAAGGCAACUAAUACUGCAAAACCUGAUGAGAGAGAGACAAACAGCCAUGCAGAUUGCUUGGACACGAGAAUUUCUCAAAUAUUUUGGGACAUUUUGUGGACUUGCUGCUGUAGUUUUAACAACUGGAGCAAUAAAAAGGAAGAACCCAUUAGUUUUACUCCCAAUGCUUCCCUUAAGCUUCGUAUUUUCCUAUCAUUAUGAUAUGGGCUAUGGGACACUGUUGCAAAGGAUCAAAGGUGAAGCAGAGAACAUACUUGACACACAGAGCACUUUGCUAGAAUUGCCAAAAGGACGUCUCACAUUUGAAGAUUUGGAGAAAAUCAGAACAUCUCAGAGCAAUUUCUUCAUAGAAAAAUAAGAAGAUGGUAUUGAAGCUACAUAUGAUUACAAUACUGCAUUUCAACAUAAAUAAAUAAUUACAAUUUGAUAAGAUUAUCAGCUCCUAUAAAAUCAAAAUUUAAUUAAUUUUUAAAAUACUUUCUAAAGCAAUUGGUUUCAUACUAUAUGUAUCUCUUAAAAACAUUCAUUAUUAUGUAGUAUAUUUCCCUUGUUUAUAAUGAAAUAUCAAAUUUGCACAGUGUAUUAAGAGUCUGAAAAUAACAUUCACCUGCAGUAAAAAUAGCUGGUACUGACCAAGUUCAGUAUAAUCAAUAAGGAUAUGGUAAUUGGUAGUUAUAAGUUUGUAUAGAUGUAUAAAUUAUAUAAAUAAAUAUAUACAAUUUUCAGAUCUAUUUCAGGAUACACAGCCCAAUUUCAAGUCAGGAGCAAGCAGUCAAUUCUUUGAAAAAUAAGACUUUUUAUUUGCUGUUCUUUAGGCAAGUGAACUCACCAUCUCUGUUUCAAAUUCUGGAAUAAACAGCUUUUAUCAGAAGCAGGUUCAGAAGUAAACACAUAACUUGCAGCUGUUAGAGAAGACUGCGUUAAAGUAUGAGCGGAGAUAGUUUCUGAAAAAGAGGAAAGAAAUUAUGUAGCUAUGUCCCAAAUAUUUUUCAUGCUUGUUUGACAUUCUGAAACUCAGGAUAAUUUGGUUUUUGAUAACUGAAAUCAGAGUUUCACUACUAAGAUGAAUAUUAACUUGGGCUAACAGCAAGCAAAAUUAUUAAUGUAUGUUUUUGUAAUGAGUAGAUCCAAGUGGUCUUAAAAGUACUGAAAAACUGAGUGAUUUUUUACAUGCCUUUAUUCUAGCAUGGUAUAUACUGAGAAUAUAGUUUUAGUAUACUUUAAUAUUCUGAUGUCAUACGUGGAAAAAAAAACAACUUUCUGUAUUGGAAAUCUUGUUUAGAAACAGAUUAUUUUGUGGUUUGGAUGGAAAUUCUUCUAGCAUUAAUCUAAUUACGGAAUGAAAAACAAAUGCUCAAAAAGCAUCCAAAAAUGAAUUAAGCCGAAGUCUGUACUGACAAUUUGUUGACUUAAAAAUUAAAUUCCAGCUGGAAAUAAUGCCCCAAAUAUGACUUUGAAGACUACUUAAUGAAACUUACAAUAUUGUUACAGAAAGACAGGCAAAUAUAUAAUGAAAUGAAAGCCUCUCAAUACAGAAGAAAUUAAUAGCAGUUUCCAAGUUUGACUUCUGAAAGUGCAUUCACUUCUGCAUUCAGUCACUUCUGUAACUGGUUCUGUCCUCUGCAUGUUAACAAUGCAUACAGUCUGUAGCUGAUUUCAAAUGUGAUGUGUUUUAAUAGUCCUUGUAAUAAAAUGAACACAAGUACUCCA